GCAACAUUUGAACUACAUAAUUCUGAUAAAAUUUACUGAGUAGAAAGAAACUGUUAAAAAUGUGUUAUAAAGCUUUAAUAUAAUAAUUGUUAUAUAAAUUAAGAUUUGGAAAAAUUUAUAGUGUCUAAUAACGAAACUGAUUAAAAAUGAGCAUAGACCUAACAAAGCCAAAAUAUGACCAAAGUUCAUAUAUGGGCCGGGCGAAGCAUUUCCUCCUGCUCACGAACCCCCUCAACGCAUUCGCCAGCACAGAACAGCUUGAUGAGGCGAAGCGGGUCGUUACCGAGUUCAAGCGUUCGCGACGCAUGCCAGCUGGUUAUGACGUGGACAAGCUGUGGGCGGCCAAGUAUCUGUACGACAGCGCGUACCACCCCGACACGGGCGAGAAAAUGUUCGUGCUCGGCAGGAUGGCUGCGCAGGCGCCGAUGAACACUAUCAUCACUGGAUGUAUGAUAACGUUCUACAAAACCACAGCUGCGACGGUUUUCUGGCAAUGGGUCAAUCAGACGUUUAACGCGCUCGUGAAUUAUACGAACCGUGGCGGGGACGCCCCGAUGUCAAUGACCCAAUUAUUGGGUUCGUAUUGCGCCGCGUGUGGAGGCGCCUUAAGCACCGCUCUCUACCUCAACAGUAAAGUUAAGAACAUGAGCCCCAUCUACGCCAGCCUCGUGCCCUUCGCGGCCGUGUGUGGGGCUAACUUCAUCAACAUUCCCAUGAUGAGGAGUGGCGAGCUGCUGAACGGCACGCCGGUGUUCACGCCGGACGGGCGGCGCGUGGGCGAGUCGAAGGUGGCGGCGCGCUACGGCAUCAGCCUCGUCAUAUUCUCGCGCGUGCUCAUGGCGCUGCCCGGCAUGACUGUGACGCCGAUAAUAACGAACAUAGCGACCCGGCGCGGGCUGUUCUGCCGGCACCCCAAGGGCGUGAUCCCGUUCCAGCUGUUCCUGGUGGGGCUGUGCGUCACGUUCGCGACGCCGCUCUGCUGCGCGAUAUUCGACCAGCGCGCCACGCUCAGUGUUGCCAGCCUCGAUCCGGAGCUGCGGGACUUCAUGAAGAAGAACUACCCGAAAGUUGACCACGUGGUUUUCAACAAGGGAUUGUAAUUGCCUUCGCAAACUUUGUUAUCUGUUAAUGGAUUGUCCAAAACCUUUGUACAAGUGAAACUCGUUGAAUUAUGAAAGAAUUUUUCUGCUGUUUUUAGUAUAUAGGCAUUUAUUUACAUUUCCAAUUGAAUUUAUGGCAUUCCUUCACAGCGUGAUUUUUAUAUACUUUGCAAUUUUAAAAGCAAUUGAAUAGAAGUCGCUGGUAUGCAUUCCUUUUUUAUAUA